AUGCCUGCUGCACAGAGCACUUUCAAGGGUCUCCCUGUCAUUCCUCCCAAUGACCCUUCGUUGACGGCUACCACUACCACUCCUCGCGCUAUUCGCAAGGUCUUCGAGGCUAUAGACCAGGCUGAGGGCGCGGGUGCAAGAGUCAGAAGAUCGGUCGGAACGAGAGAGUUGAAGAACUUCACACCCUUCCUUAUGCUUGAUCACUUCACCAUUGCGCCUGGUGCCGGUUUCCCCGACCACCCCCACCGCGGACAAGAGACCAUCACCUACCUCCUCUCUGGAGCCGUGGACCACGAGGACUUCGCUGGCAACGCCGGAACCAUCUACGCCGGAGACUUGCAAUUCAUGACGGCCGGUCGUGGUAUCGUGCAUGCCGAAAUGCCUGCGCAAAACCCCGACGGCUCAGCCAACAUCGGAAUGCAACUCUGGGUCGAUCUCCCCGCCCACCUCAAAGACUGCGAACCCCGCUACCGCGACCUACGCGGCUCCGAAAUCCCCGUCGCCAACUCGCCCGACAAGAAAGUCAAUGUCAAGGUUAUCUCAGGUCGCGCGUACGGCGUGGAUUCAUUGCAAGAGUUGGCUUAUACACCUGUGUGGUUGUUGGACGUCACGGUACAACCUGGAGGUACAUUCGACGCACCGCUCCCACACAAGUGGAAUGCAUUCAUCUACACAUUGAGUGGAAGUAUCGUAUUGGCUGGCCCUCAGUCGAGCAAGACUAUCCCUCAAUACCAUAAUGCCGUUCUCGAACAAAGCGGCGACAGCAUCGUUGCUAGCGUUCCUGCUUCUGCGGAGAAGGAGAGCAGAUUCAUCUUGGUCGCUGGAAUGCCUUUGGAUCAGCCUAUCGUGCAAUAUGGACCAUUUGUCCAGACCAGCACUGAGGGUAUCUACAAGGCUAUGGCCGACUACCAGGGCUAUGCCAAUGGAUUCGAAAGAGCAGAGAACUGGGAAAGCGAGAUUGGAAAGACCAUGGUACACUAG